AACUUGUGAAACCGUGUUAGAGCCCGCCGCUUGAUGGUGGGAAUCUGGGCUAGUGACCAGUGGUUUUUAUACCCCCCUCUGUUUUUCGCUCGCUUCCCGAAUUUUCUCUCCUCCUCCAUGGUCAAGGUUAUUACCCUCGAAGAGUUCCAGGCUCACAAUACCAGGGACUCUCUCUACGUCCUUGUCCACGAAAAGGUGUACGAUGUCACAAAGUUCAUCGACGAGCAUCCGGGAGGUGACGAGGUCAUUCUAACCGAGGCUGGCAAGGACGCAACGGACGCCUUCGAGGACGUCGGUCAUUCCGAUGAGGCCCGUGAGCUACUACCGGGCAUGCUCAUUGGCGAGUUGGACAAGGACGGUUUGCUCAAACUCAAGUCGCCCAAACCUGCACCCAUCCCAGUAGUUCACGACGCAGUUGAAAAGGGAUCCAACAUGAUGUACUUCCUUCCAUUGGGGUUGCUGGGAGCCUACUUUGCAUGGCGUCUCUACGGUGCAUAGGGGUGCAAUGAACUACGGCUCGUCCUGGUUUUGUUUAUGAUAUUAUUCAAUCUACCCUUCCCUGCACUUGCUCGUGCUGCUCUAACAUACCUCAAACCCUCCCGGUAUACAUGGAAACUUCUUUCAUUCAAUUGUUCCGUCGACCAGGCAGUGCACUCUAUGUGCCUGUACCAUUAGACUGAAUGACGAGUGUUAAUCCGGAAUAUAAGACAUGAACCCUGCUUGAAAACUAAGGCGCAGGGUACGAAUAGAACUGUGGCCAAUGAAAUGUAUUGCAUUACUACAAGUCACUUUCAAUGGAAG